UGAAGUACUUUGGUGUAUUAUUGUUUAUUUCUUCGUGAUGUUUUUACAGUUGUUCGUAGAGAUAUAGAGAAGUAGAAAGGCAUGUUGGCGCACUUAGGCGGCAGAUGUAGUUUUGUAAUGGAUUUGCAGAAGAAAUGAUCUUGGAUGUUAACAGUAGUAAACUAUUGCACAGAGAAUGCUGAUGCCUCACAUUCAAGAUGAGGGAUUCCGGAUAAUAUCACUAAAGACGCAAAGUGUUCGAAACAAUUUUGAUAGUCUAUCUCCCGAGUCUACUUGAAAGUUUUCCCAGACAUUUCGUGCAAUGAUUUCACACAGUCGCUAUUACAGCAGCUUGCCCACCUGCAAGACUGCGAGAGAAAUGUUUAUGAACUACUUUGUCAGGGGUCAUAAUCAUAAGCACAUAAGGUCUAGUCCUGUUGUACCUUUUUGUGAUCCAACUGUUCCAUUUGUGAACGCAGGGAUGAAUCAGUUCAAAGGAAUAUUCUUGGGCCAGAUAGCACCUCCUUGCUUAAGGGCAGCUAAUAGUCAAAAGUGUAUACGUGUUGGUGGAAAACACAAUGAUUUGCAUGCAGUUGGUGCUGAUGGACAUCAUCAUACUUUUUUUGAAAUGCUUGGAAACUGGUCAUUUGGUGAUUAUUUCAAGGAAACAGCAUGCGAACUAGCGUGGAAGCUUCUGACUGGCCCUUAUGGCAUAAGUCGUGACCAGUUGUAUGUUACUUACUUCGGUGGAAGUGAGGAAUUGGGGCUGAGUGCUGAUACAGAAACUUAUGAAAUAUGGAGGAAAUUGGGAAUACCUGCAAAUCGAAUUUUACCAUUUGGGACAACAGAUAAUUUUUGGGAGAUGGGCUCAGUUGGACCAUGUGGCCCAUGCACUGAGAUUCAUAUUGAUCAUGUAAAUGGCAGAAAAGACGUGCAAAACCGUGUUAAUAAAGGCUUUUCUGAUGUGACAGAGUUAUGGAAUUUGGUGUUUAUACAAUACAAUAGGAAAUCAGAUGGUACAUUAGAAAAGUUACCUACACACCAUGUGGACACUGGUAUGGGUUUUGAACGGCUUGUUGCAGUACUUCAGAAUAAAAGUUCAAACUAUGAUACUGAUAUAUUUCUGCCUCUAUUUUCUGCUAUCCAGAAGAUAACUGGAGCACCCGCAUACCGUGGUUUGUUCGGUGUAGAUGACAUUUCUGGUAUUGAUACUGCAUAUCGUAUCAUCGCUGAUCACUGUCGUAUGGCGACAGUUGCCAUUGCAGAUGGUGUGUUUCCUCAUCACAAUCUGAAGUUAAGGCGUGUCAUCAGGAAAGCUAUACAUGUGGGUGAAAGAUACUUUCAUGCAAGAAAAUCCUUAUUGAGUGAACUGAGUAAUUAUGUUGCAGAGACACUUGCUGAUGCUUAUCCAGAAAUCCCAAGUAAUCUGAAACAGGUGCAGUUAAUCAUUGGGCAUGAAGAACAGCUUCUUGUUGAUUUGGAAAACAAUGCUGCAGUGGAAUGGAAAAAGAUUGUUAAUGCUAAGCCACACUUGAGUUCUUUGGACAUUACUGAAAUGCCAGGGCUGGUGUUAGGGUACCAAGAGCUCCAAACUGCUGCAGAAAACCUGGUGAAAGAUUUAGAGGGGGAAGCUGGGAUAAGAAAAAAGCCUGUUUUACCAGGCAGUGUUGUCUUUAAAUUGUAUGACACAUAUGGUCUAGAUGAGAAACAUAUUAGAAAAUUAGCAGAUGCAGAAGGAAUCAGUGUAGAUAUGGAAGGUUUUCAUGUGCAACUUGACAAUGCUAAGUUAAGGACUAAAAAAGGUUUCACUGUUGCAACAGAAAAUGAAUUGAAUUAUGACACCAUACUUCAAUUAAGGGAGAAUGGAAUUUAUGCUACAGAAGAUCAAUAUAAAUAUAUGUAUUCUAAAGAAAAUGGUGUGUAUAUGUUUCCUUAUUUGAAGUGCAGUGUGCAAGCAAUUGUAGUAGAUGGGAAGUGUGUAGAAAGAACACAGCCAGGAAUAGAAUCCAAGAUAAUUUUAAACAAGUCUAACUUUUAUCAUGAAGCUGGUGGCCAGGAAAGUGAUAGUGGCUAUAUGGAACUGCAAAAUGGUUUGAAAGUAGCUGUUAACAGUGUAACAAACUGCCAAGGCUACAUUCUGCACAAAAUUGUAAUGGAUACAAACAGUGAUAUGUCUGUGUCUGUCAGUGAUGAAAUAUCCUUGUGUAUUGAUUGUGACAAAAGACUUGCUAACAUGCGAAAUCACACUGCGACUCACCUAAUAAAUGCUGCUCUAAGAAGAAUUUUGACAGUGACAUGUCAGAACUCAAGCCGUGUGACCAGCAAGGACCUAUUUUUUGAUUUCUCAGUUUAUGGAGAGGAAUUUGGAACACAACAAGUGAAGAUCCUGGAGAAAGCACUUAGAGAGCUUAUCAGCAGUAAAUUACCGGUGAAGCGUAGGUCUGUUUCUGAAAAUGAGCUUCUGAUGCUUGGAAAUGUUACGUGUGUGCCUGGAGAAGUUUAUCCAGAACAGGGCAUCUAUCUCAUAGAGGUGGAAUCAGAAGAUGGAAUUGUGUCCAGGGAACCAUGCUGUGGGACACAUGUCCUGAAUACAGCUGAUUUAGAAGCCGUUUCUGUAGUUUCACUCCAAUCAUCUGGAUCAGGGUCUCGUUGCUUGCGCGCAGUGACUGGUCCCACAGCAUUAUCUGUUUUGGAAAAUGGUCUGGAAUUGGAGAAGGAAGUUAGUAGUCUGGAGGGACUUUCUGGGGAAAGCCUCAGUUCUAGUUUGCAAGUUAUUAUACACAAGCUUAGAAAUGAAGCUAACAGGUGUAUGCCGUAUACUACACAUGUUAAAUGUUCAGAAAUUUUAGAGACCCUGAAAACAAGAAUGAAACAGCAAUCGAGGCAACUAUUAACGGAACAGAUGAGAACCGAAAUGCAAGAUGUCCUCAGAAAACUUAACAGCAGUCCUGGCAGAACAGCCAUUCCUUUCAUAGUGCAUUUUCUGCAGUGCUCUUCAUUUCAAGAGGACAUUCCUCUCCAGAAGGCAACGAAGCUGUGCAGCAGCAUUCCAGUGCUCCUGCUCGCAAGAAGUGAGGGCAUGAUUAAAGCCAGGUGUUGUGUUCCUGAGGGUGUGGCAAGUGAACAAUUCAAUGCUCAGCUGUGGAUGCAACCCGUUAUGGCUACUUUGAAAGGUCAAGGCUUUGUGCCCCGUGGACAAAAUCCAAGUAAUGUAUACAAUAUGAAAGGAAAAAAUAUUCCUGUCAACAAACAGGAUGCUGCAAUCAAUAUAGCUAUGCAGGCGGCAACUGAAUUUGCAGAAAAUGCCCUCAGCAGUGUAAGCUAUCGUAAAAGAAUGUGAUACAAGAUACAGCCACUGACCACUGAAGAACAUCUUAUAUAAGUGUCAUGUACAUUCUUAUUUAUUUAUUUGUAUGUUUGUUGCAGACUAAAUAAAACUUACUGUAUAUUUUGA